UUUCAGGGAUUCUUUGUGUGACUGUGUCCUUCCAAUUUCUUCCAACGAAAUUACUUUUCUUCGUUCUUAACUGUGUCAGUAAUCUGGGACAUACAUUUUUUGUAUUUCCAAGGUUAACUGGUUGUUCUUCAUUACUGAAUAAUUUGAAAAUUUUGGCUCUACGUGGUCACUGUUCUGGACCUGUGCAUAACCAGUGAUGAUUGGUGGUUUAUUCGUUUAUAAUCAUAAGGGUGAAGUGCUUAUUUCGCGUAUUUAUCGAGAUGAUGUCAGUCGAAAUGCAGUGGACGCUUUUCGAGUUAAUGUUAUCCACGCGCGGCAGCAGGUGCGGAGUCCGGUAACAAAUAUGGCCAGGACAUCAUUUUUCCACAUAAAACGGGGUAAUGUUUGGAUUUGUGCAGUUACUCGGCAAAAUGUCAAUGCUGCAAUGGUGUUCGAAUUUCUAAACAGGUUUGCGGAUACUAUGCAGUCAUACUUUGGAAAAUUGAAUGAGGAAAACGUUAAGAACAACUUCGUUCUCAUCUAUGAGCUUUUGGAUGAGAUCCUUGAUUUUGGUUAUCCACAAAAUACAGACCCCGGAGUUUUAAAGACGUUCAUUACGCAACAAGGCGUUAGAACAGCAAGUAAAGAAGAACAGGCGCAAAUUACAUCACAGGUAACGGGACAAAUUGGAUGGCGUCGCGAAGGCAUAAAAUAUCGUCGAAAUGAAUUAUUUUUGGAUGUCAUCGAAUACGUCAAUCUUCUUAUGUCUCAGCAAGGGCAGGUUUUAUCAGCUCACGUUGCUGGAAAAGUGGCAAUGAAGUCAUACUUAUCUGGAAUGCCGGAAUGCAAAUUUGGAAUCAAUGACAAGCUUACCAUUGAGGGUAAAGGACGUACUGGCAGUGAUGAUCCUACCAAAUCGGCACGUAUCGCUGUGGCAAUCGAUGACUGCCAAUUUCAUCAGUGUGUUAAAUUAACCAAGUUUGACACCGAACAUGCUAUAAGUUUUAUUCCACCUGAUGGAGAGUAUGAGCUUAUGAGAUACCGUACAACCAAGGACAUACAGCUUCCAUUUCGAGUCAUUCCGCUUGUUCGAGAAACUUCCAGAAACAAAAUGGAGGUAAAAGUGGUGGUGAAAUCAAACUUUAAGCCAUCACUUCUGGCACAGAAAAUUGAAGUUCGCAUACCUACACCUCCGAAUACUAGUGGAGUGCAGUUAAUUUGUAUGAAGGGCAAAGCCAAGUACAAAGCUGGCGAAAAUGCAAUUGUUUGGAAAAUCAAGCGUAUGGGUGGAUUGAAAGAAUCUCAGAUCUCUGCUGAAAUUGAUAUUUUGAGCACAGGUAACGCUGAAAAGAAAAAGUGGAACCGUCCUCCGGUCUCCAUGAAUUUCGAGGUACCGUUUGCUCCAUCAGGUUUGAAAGUGAGGUAUCUGAAAGUAUUUGAACCAAAGUUGAAUUAUUCGGAUCACGAUGUCAUCAAGUGGGUGCGCUACAUAGGUAGGUCGGGACUCUAUGAAACAAGAUGCUAAGUUCUUUAGUCCUAUUACGACAACUUGCGAUGUCAUAAUCGAGAAAAUUCCGAAGUGGAAAAACAUUUCACCUCUGCUAUCUUUGCGCAUUUAGUAUUCGGUUUUUUUCCAUUCAUUUAGUUCACCUCGGUAUCUGCUUCUUUACAACUGAUUCUUCUUUCUGUGCAUUAAUUUACAAGAUGUUGGCAUAAAUUCCAUCUCUGCAAUAUUUAUUUCAAAACGUUUUUAAGUAGACAGUUCACUGAAUGUAUCCCUACUACAUAGUUGCGGAAAAACUUAUUCCAGUAUUUGAUUAGCAUUAUUUUUCAGAAGAACUUUUACGCAGUAUAAAAUGCGUGUGCUUGUUAACGGCGACCUAACUGCUUCUUUGUAAUUUGCUUCUGCAACUUUAGGUUUUGUGCUUUUUGUGAUUUAUAUUGGUGGUGUUCAUCUCUGUGUGUUUUUUGCUGUGCUAAUUGCUUGCAAACUAUUACCAUAAUUCUUUCCAAAUUCUAGAAAGAGGGUGGGAAAGUACAGGAGG